AGUCAGAGCUUCUGCUGAACGCCACACACCGUGGACUUGGUGUGUAAGAACACGCGCCGUAAUGAACACGUAAUUUGCAGCAUAUGUAACUGAAAUGUAAAGAAAAUAUAGUUAUGAUGUUUAUUAGACUAAACAGACGACUCUCUGGCAUAGUUUCACUAUCUCUGGCGUUACAAAGACAUACAGUUAACUCGCGAAGAAUGGCUUCGGAUUCGGUGACCCAGUUCGACUUGAUCGUGAUCGGCGGUGGUUCUGGGGGUCUGGCAGGCGCACGGAGAGCCGCCGAACUAGGAGCGUCCACCGCGGUGAUAGAGAGCCACAAACUCGGAGGUACCUGCGUCAAUGUUGGCUGUGUCCCAAAAAAGGUUAUGUGGAACGCCGCUGUCCACGCAGAGUACCUCCACGAUCACUCCGAUUACGGGUUUGAAGUCGGACAUUCAAAUUUCAACUGGGGAACCCUCAAGACCAAAAGGGAUGCUUAUAUCAGUCGGCUGAACGACAUUUACCGCAAUAACCUUGAUAAGGCUGAAAUAGAGACGAUUGAAGGCCAUGCCAGCUUCACAGAUGAUGCUGAGCCUACCGUCGAGGUGAACGGAAAAAAGUACACGGCGUCACACAUCCUUAUCGCCACCGGAGGGCGCCCUACCGAAAUGAGCGACGAUCAAAUUCCAGGUGCAAGUCUGGGCAUCACAAGCGAUGGCUUUUUUCAGUUAGAGACGCUGCCAAGACGCAGUGUGGUUGUUGGCGCAGGAUACAUUGCUGUCGAGAUGGCAGGGAUUUUAUCCGCCCUGGGGUCUAAAACCUCCCUCAUAAUUAGACAGACUGAGGUGUUAAGGACCUUUGACAGCUUGAUAAGUGCAAAUUGCACGAAAGAAAUAGAAAACUCUGGAAUAGACUUGUGGAAGAACACGCAGGUCAAGUCGGUGAGGAGAUCGGCCGGCGGCCUUGAAGUCACGCUCACCACCAAGGACCCUGAGAAGAAGGGCGGGGAGGAGGAGAUCAGCACCAUCGAAGAGGUCGACUGCCUCUUAUGGGCCAUCGGAAGGGAACCCAACACGACUGGCAUCCACACUAGCCAGAUGGGAAUUGAGACAGACAAGAGGGGCCAUAUUGUGGUGGAUGAGUUCCAGAACACCAGCCGCCCUGGGAUCUACGCCCUGGGAGACGUCUGUGGCAAGGCCCUGCUGACACCCGUGGCCAUCGCUGCCGGCAGGAAGCUGGCUCACAGACUGUUUGACGGCAAAGCUGACUCCAAGGUUGAUUACUCUACCAUUCCCACCGUCGUGUUCGCCCAUCCGCCGAUAGGAACCGUGGGCCUGACAGAGGAGGAGGCGGUCACAAGCCGAGGGAAGGACAACGUGAAGACUUACACAACGUCCUUCACGCCGAUGUACCACGCCAUGACCAGCAGGAAGUCCCAGUGCGUCAUGAAGCUGGUGUGUGUGGGCCCCGAGGAAAAGGUGGUGGGGCUGCACAUGCAGGGCCUGGGCUGCGACGAGAUGCUGCAGGGCUUCGCUGUGGCCGUGAAGAUGGGCGCCACCAAGGCCGACUUCGACAGGACAAUCGCCAUCCACCCCACCUCCUCGGAGGAGUUCGUCACCAUGCGUUAAUGGCAAAGUAACAUAAUUGAGCUCCCACGGCAUGGGGAAAACUCACUACACUCUUCUCGACCCACGUAAGGCAAAGUCCUGAUGACAUAUAACCAAGGCAAAUGAUUUGACUUUACAAUGCAAAUCACAGACUUUCUUUCGUCCCUAAUGCCUAAUUUGUUUGAUUAUAAUUACUAUAGUUACAGCAAGCUUCCAUGGUACUGUGGGUUUUAUAAGCGGUGAAAAUUGAUUUUUUUUAAAUACUUAUGACUUAUGCUAGUGAAUGACUGUUUAAAUGAAGUGAUAGCUCUAUAUGUGGCUAUAAAGUCGUUGCAAUUAUCCUUUAGUGUGCAUGUGUACAAUUUGUGAGUCAUUUGUUAAAUUAACACUGCUUCCUCUCACUGCUACAGUGGGUCACAAUGUUUUUUCUGUACUGUUUACAAACAUAAAUAAAAGCUUGUUAUUUUCUUUCUUAAA